AUGGCGUACCCUCAGGGCUACCUGUACCAGCCAUCCGCUUCUUUGGCACUGUAUUCGUGUCCAGCGUACAGUACGAGUGUGAUUUCGGGACCGCGGACAGAGGAACUUGGAAGAUCCUCGUCGGGCUCAGCUUUUGCUCCGUAUGCCGGAUCUACCGCGUUCACCAGCGCCUCGCCUGGCUAUAACUCCCAUCUCCCGUACAGUGCUGAUGCGGCGGCAGCCGCCACAUUCACUUCAUACGUGAGCUCGCCGUAUGACCACACGACAGGCAUGGCUGGUUCUAUAGGGUAUCAUCCGUACGCAGCUCCCCUGGGCUCAUACCCGUAUGGUGACCCAGCUUACCGCAAGAAUGCUACCCGGGACGCCACGGCCACUCUUAAAGCUUGGCUCAACGAGCAUCGGAAAAACCCGUACCCGACUAAAGGCGAGAAAAUAAUGUUGGCCAUCAUCACCAAAAUGACCCUCACUCAAGUGUCCACCUGGUUCGCCAACGCCAGGAGGAGACUGAAGAAGGAGAACAAGAUGACCUGGACCCCGCGGAACCGCAGUGAGGACGAGGAAGAGGAUGAGAACAUUGAUCUGGAGAAAAACGACGACGACGAAACUAACAAGCCGUUGGACAAGGGAGACUCGACGGAUACUGAGUCAGAACACAAACUGAUAAAUCCAGGGGAAAUAGGGUGUGACAGAUUUAAAGACGACACUCAUGGCAAAGACAUGGAUCCUCUUUUGACUGAUUCGGAAUUAAAAGAGACAGAAGAUCGGACGGAAUUGCUGGCCGAACCUGCUAAACCCACCACCUCCACUCCCUCGGUUGUGCCCCGGGGAAAUGACAUCAUAGCGCAGGAGAAGCCAUCAGAACUGGGCCACGCGGCAAGCACAGUCAACAGUAAUGUAACGUCUGUUAUUCAUUCGCCCCCAUCGGCUCCCAAACCCAAACUUUGGUCUCUUGCCGAGAUAGCGACGUCCUCAGACAGGUGUAAACCAAGCAGCGAUACCCCGCAGGCUGCAGGGAUGGGUCAAAGCACCGUAAUAGCGACAAACGCGGCGUCGCCGUCCCGGUCAUCCCCUCAGUGCCAUCUCCCAAACAGCACGGUUCUUUCCAGGCCUAUUUACUACACCUCUCCCUUUUACCCGGGCUACACGAACUAUGGCACUUUCGGACAUCUUCACAGCAACCACGGCUCCAACACGGGCUCCACUGCACACUUCAAUGGAUUAAACCAGACUGUGUUAAAUAGAGCCGAGGCUCUGGUGAGAGAGAGCAAAGUCAGAAGCCAAACGCAGGUAGAUCUUUGUAAAGACUCCCCUUAUGAACUAAAGAAAGGUAUGUCAAACAUUUAA